AUGCGGAGCACGCCGCUGGCAGAGGGCGAGCCCUGGCCGCGCCUCUGCGCCGCCGAGCUCGGGGGGCUGCGACGACUGCGGCGCAAGCAGGGCUGCGGGGACUUCCGCGUGAAACUCAAAGUGCUGAGCGGGAGGCGGACUGCGCUCCGCGGGGCCCCCCCGUGCCCCGCUGCGCCGCCGCCCGCCUGGGAGCAGCGCAGCGCCUGCACCCCCGCGCCGCCGCCCGCCGCCCGGCCGCCGCCGCCCGCCACCUCCCCGCGCCCGCGGCCGGGCGAGGCGUCCGGCGUGUCCCCGGAGAUCAAAGCCCUGCAGCAGACACGGCGGCUGCUGGCCAACGCCCGCGAACGGACCCGCGUCCACACCAUCAGCGCCGCCUUCGAGGCGCUGCGAAAGCAGGUUCCCUGCUAUUCUUAUGGUCAAAAGUUAUCCAAACUGGCCAUCUUGAGAAUAGCCUGUAACUAUAUCCUUUCCCUGGCCAGACUAGCAGACCUGGAUUACAGCGCUGACCACAGUAACAUGAGCUUCUCUGAAUGCGUGGAGCAGUGCACUAGGACCUUACAAGCAGAAGGAAGAUCUAAAAAAAGGAAGGAGUAAUAACCAGGAAGGAAGGAAUCAGAAGAGCUUCCAGACAGUUACAUCUGUUCUUGGCAAAUCUUGCAUGAUCCAGAUGAAGACUGCAAGCAGCUUUUUGCAGAAGUCCCUUUUCAAGAUGAUGGUUGGCCGAGGAACUUUCUUAAGCUCUGGAACAGAAAGGAAAAAAGGAAAAGAAAACAAAAAAAAGGACGAGGAUUCCUAUUGUUGUUAAGCCAGCCACCUUUUAGUAUGUGCAAUUUAAUUAGCACUUUUCCCUUUGCUUAACUUGGAAAUGUUCCCCUUUCAGCUUAUGUGUACAGUAAUUUGUUGUUGUUGUUGCUAUUGUGCCAAAGAUUUGAUGGAGCUUCUACACUGUGUCUUAUUUUUGCCUUAACAUUAAAUCUUUGAGCCAAAGAGAAGUCAGAGAUGGUGGUGAGCAGACCAGCCAGCUGUCGGUGACAGAUGUGGACUUCUGAAUCCCUGUGAGUUGCCUCCUAUUUCUUCUGCCCACACUCCUCUGCCUGCAGCCCUGGCACCAGUGUUCAAGUGUGGGCAAGAGCUGGGACAACACCAAAUCAUGCUUCAGCAUUCAGGUUUGCUUCUUUGUUUGAGCCACUCUGCAGUUCUGCCUUUGGCACAAUUUCCUGCCUGUGCAACACAUCCACAGGGUAGAAAUACUGACACAAAGUGAGAACUGAGACAGGAGAUAGGGCUUUAUUUUAUUGUUUUUUAACAAAUAAAUAAAAGUAAGUAAGCGAAAGCUCAGUGCCAUGUCAAGAGAACAAAUAAAUCAGAAGCAAGUUCGGCUAAUCAGAAGGAAGCGCAGCAAACGUGGCAGGCGUUCAGCUUUGGGAGCUUCUGCCCCUGGGGUUCUUCAAGUGAUCAGCAGCCCAUGAAAUGCAAAAGUGUUUGAAGCCUGCACUGUACCUCUCACUUCAAAUUGAAGUAAAAAAAAGAGAAAAGAUUGAGAAAAGUUUGCUUGGAGUAAGCAGACUUAUUGGUAAUGCAGUUGGUGUGCAAGACAUCUGCUAAUGAUGGGGGGACAGAGCUCUGUGUCCAAGGGAAAGCAAACCAAGGGUGUGCACACUGAGGAGAUGUUCUGUUCCCUGCUCAAAGGGCAGGGUUAUUUGUGAGGUCAGGGUCACAUCCUGGCUACAUCAGCAUGAAUCAGGUACUCAGGUGUCUGAUUCUGGCUGAGCAUCAACCAGGCACUGGGGGGUGAGAGGCUGGGAUAAGCAAACAUCAAGGGGCAGAGGAGAGAAUAAUCCCUGUUCUACUGCCACAAAGACAAAGCUUGAACUCCUCAGUGCCUGCCUAUUUAUGUCCCAAGUUGAGCAGCUGGCAGAUGAACACCAAGCUGGGGAGCCAGCAUGCAAAGCCUGAGCUCCCUGGAGCAGUCUGGGUCUAGGGUGCCAGGCUGAAUGGUGAUGGCCUGCUUGCUGCCAGGCAAGGAUGGACAAACUUUCUGGUAAGAAUGCUCCAGAUGUCUUCUAUUUGAUUUCUGGGACACCUGAGGGAUGGUUGUGUCCAAAUUCCCUCCCAGGAGCUCGUUAUAUCCCUCUGCCCUCACUGUUAGUCAUUAGAAGAAGCCCAAUAAAAUAACU